AUUAUAAGAUUAUAUAUUUCUUACUUACUUAAUAGAAUAAUAUUUUGAUCUCUACUUUAUAAUUUUAUGAAUAUGUUUCGGUUAAAGAUUGCAGAAAGUGCAGGUAGAGCACUUUUAAAAUUAAAUAUUAAGGAAAACAAAGUUUUAAAGGAAUACACAAAUAAUUCAAAGGUGAAUAAUGGAACAGUAGAAACACAGGAGAUUUCUAAACUGCAGAAUGCUACAAAUUUUGAGACAGAGUUAAACCAGGCAUCUGUAUCCAAUAAUAGUAUUGACAAUGUGUAUAAACAAACCCAAAAUAACGAAGCUGUAAAUAAAUUAGAAGUUGUAAAUAAGAUUAAAGUCAUGAGAAACAUAAAAUCAUUUUCUAUUUUCGGCGAUGGAAUAACAGAAAAUUAUGAGAUGCAAUGUUUAGAAAGUAGUGAAAAUUCCAAAAUUCCAGAUGUAACGUACAUUCUCAAUGAAACCAUGCCUCCUAAAGUAAAAGCUGCCUUAGACACAUGGAAGAAAAAUAUGAUUGAUACAUACGGAGAAGAAUAUUUUAAGACAUAUUGUAAAGGUAUAUUAAACGAUAAUAAAUUAUUUCACUCUUGUAUGCAAAAUGUGUUGUCGUGUAAAGAAACUGAAAUUCCACUUUCUAUCAAAUCAGCAUAUUUGAGUGCAUAUCCAGUAUUACGUAAUAUACAAAAUAUUCAUGCGCUUGGAGUAGAUGUGAUACAUCCAGCAUUGCAAUAUAAAGGCAUUAUAGACUGUAUUGCUUCUUACAGGGAUCACACAUAUGUAAUUGGUUGGAAAAAGUCAGCACAACAAAAAACAUCACUUGCAACAAGUUUUAAUACCCCAAUAGAAAUUGCUGCUUACAUUGGAGCUAUAAAUUCUUUUAACAAAUACUCAUUUAAGGUAAAUAGAGGUUUGAUUAUUGUUGCUUAUACAAAAGGUGAAUUUGCAACUAUCCAUGAAUUGAAGGAUGAUGCUUUACAAACAGCUUGGGAAGAAUGGUUGAAUCGAUUGGAACAGUUUUAUACAAACUAUAAUAAAGUUAAUUUAAAUACUUAAUUUAUUGUUGUAAAUUGAUAAUAUGCCCCACAUUAUUUUAUUUUUGUACGAAUAAAAUACUAUUAUCUAAAUAUUUUCAAUUUAGAAACAAUAAAAGA